AUAGGCGUUCCAUCGCGUCUGAUUGGUCGAACUGGAUUCUGGAACUGAAACAGUAACAUUAGAGGGUUUCCUCCUUGUGUUGUUGCCGCCCCCGUCCUCCCGGUCGUUUGUUCUGAUCCACGAUUUGACCCACUAAUGGGUUUAUUCGCCGUUUGUUUCGUUGUGUCGAUGCUGAUCGGAACCGGCGGAGCAAGAUACGAACCGAACUGGAAAUCCAUCGACUCCAGACCGCUGCCACAGUGGUACGAUCGGGCCAAGUUCGGCAUCUUCAUACACUGGGGGGUCUUCUCUGUUCCCAGCUUCGGCAGCGAGUGGUUCUGGUGGUACUGGCAGAAGGAAAAACUAAAGCCGUAUGUUGACUUCAUGCAGAGGAACUAUCCUCCAGACUUCAGGUAUCAAGACUUCGCACCGCAGUUCACUGCUGAGUUCUUUGACGCCAAAGAAUGGACGGACAUCUUGGCCUCAUCCGGAGCAAAGUACAUCGUCCUGACCACGAAACACCAUGAAGGUUUCACACUAUGGGGCUCAAAAAGCUCGUGGAACUGGAACGCAGUGGAUGUUGGACCAAAAAGAGAUCUGGUAGAUGAAGUGGCGAGCGCCCUGCGUGCCAACAGCGACCUGCGUUUAGGGCUGUAUCACUCUCUGUUUGAGUGGUUUAAUCCGCUCUUUGAACAGGACGCUGCCAACGCCUUCACUACGAACGACUUCCCCACCAGUAAAACUCUGCCUGAGCUUUAUGAGCUCAUUCUCAAGUACAAACCAGAGGUGCUGUGGUCUGACGGGGACGGAGACGCCCCUGACAAGUACUGGAACAGCACAGGUUUCUUAGCCUGGCUCUAUAAUGAUAGCCCGGUACGAGACACAGUGGUGACGAAUGAUCGCUGGGGCUACGGCUCCAUCUGCACCCACGGUGGAUAUUACACCUGCGCUGAUCGCUACCAGCCGGGACACCUGCUCAAACACAAGUGGGAGAACUGCAUGACCAUCGACACAAAGUCCUGGGGUUACAGACGCAACGCCGCUCUCAGUGACUACCUGACCAUCGAGCAGCUUGUAGCGACACUGGUGGAGACUGUGUCCUGUGGGGGAAACCUGCUGAUGAACAUCGGCCCGACUCACGACGGAAGGAUCGCUCCCAUCUUCGAGGAGCGUCUGAGGCAGAUGGGUCAGUGGCUGAAGGUCAACGGGGAGGCCAUCUACAACACAACAGCAUGGCGGGCUCAGAAUGACACCGUCACUCCCAACAUCUGGUACACUUUCAGACCGCAGGAAAAGAGCAUCUUUGCCGUUUUACUGGAGUGGCCCAAUAAUGGAUCUGUGAUUCUGAAUGAACCUGUGGUUACACAAGGAGAGACUCAGGUGGCGUUUCUCGGUCACGGGUCUCUGCAGUGGGAGCCUGUAAAGCCCAGCGGACUGCGGGUUCUCCUGCCCCAGCUGUCCUUCAGCCAGAUGCCAUGCCAGUGGGGCUGGACACUGAGGCUGACAGGUGCCACUUAAAGGGAAACCAGAUCACAUGACGAGGAACGGACGGAGCUGCGGGGGCCGAAAGAGAAGGACCCAGCAAUUUAUGUGAUUUAAAUCACAGAACAAAACCCAGAAAAUGUACUGGACAGUCUGUAGCUUGCAUUAUACGCGGGGAGUGGAGAUCAUUGUUUUUUUUUUGUAUUGGGUGACUUUUAUGAUCAAAGUCUUUUAAGUUUCUUAACUUUGGGACACAGAAGUCAUGUUUAAGUGCAGAAAAGGUUGAUUUAUAGCCUGUAGGCGUUAAUCUACAGGGUUACAUGUGACAAAUGUGAGGAAAAUAGUAUUUGCAUGUUAUUUCCAUGCAGUCUGCAGCACAGAUUGAUGUGUUGGGGUUUGUUUUACAUGUAAAGGAAUGUGUAAAUAAAAUAAAUGAAGCCUUCAA